AGGCCCCGCGACCGGAAGCGGGCGGCGACCCCGGAAGGCCCCGUCGGGCGGAGCUCGUCGGUUCGGUCGUCGCCCGGACCUGUCGUCGGUCGAGUUCGCGUCCCCUCUGCCUCUCCCAGGGGCGCCGCCGCCGGCCUGGCCAUGGACGAUACCCUGUUCCAGUUGAAGUUCACAGCAAAGCAGCUGGAGAAACUGGCCAAGAAGGCAGAGAAGGACUCCAAGGCCGAGCAGGCCAAAGUGAAGAAGGCCCUUCAGCAGAAAAACGUGGAGUGUGCCCGUGUGUACGCCGAGAAUGCCAUCCGCAAGAAGAACGAAGGCGUGAACUGGCUCCGCAUGGCGUCCCGCGUGGACGCCGUGGCCUCCAAGGUGCAGACGGCCGUGACUAUGAAAGGGGUGACCAAGAACAUGGCACAAGUGACCAAAGCCCUGGACAAGGCCCUGAGCACCAUGGACCUGCAGAAGGUCUCUGCGGUGAUGGACAGGUUUGAGCAGCAGGUGCAGAACCUGGACGUGCACACGUCGGUGAUGGAAGACUCCAUGAGCUCGGCCACCACGCUGACCACGCCCCAGGAGCAGGUGGACAGCCUGAUCGUGCAGAUUGCGGAGGAGAAUGGCCUGGAGGUCCUGGACCAGCUCAGCCAGCUGCCCGAGGGCGCCUCUGCCGUGGGCGAGAGCUCCGUGCGCAGCCAGGAGGACCAGCUGUCUCGGAGGUUGGCUGCCUUGAGGAAUUAGCCGUCCUGCCAUGUGCACUGCCACCUGUGCCCCGCGACGUGCUGGAAGGCUCCUGUCCCCCCCGCGUCUGCCGCUGCCUCGGCCCCUCUCACCUGCCAGGCCUGGGUGGCCCCAGAACUGUUCCUUUCUCUCGGAGUGGGCCGUGCUCUGUGUGCUGGUGUCGAGUUUGCACAAACUGUGGGUAACUUCUGACUCCGGGCUCACCUCGGCUGUCCGUGGAGUCGAUGGCGACUGGCCAGCAGAGGCCGCCUGGACUCCAGCCCCGCGCUGUGGGGCCUUCAGACUCUGCGCGACACAGACACACUGCUCACCCCAGCCAGCGGGGCAGGGCUGCCCUGCCGCCAAGCAGCUCCUGGAGCCCCCCCAGCGUGCAGGGGGUCCCACCGAGUGGACAGACACAGCCCAGAAGGGCUGGUGGCCUGUGACCUUCCUCCGUCGUUCCAGGUGGGGUCUCGGCCUCCUGCCAGACUUCGGGACAGCCACUGCCCAGCUCUAGGCCCAGGUGUGCCUGCCCUGGUCCUCGUCCUUGCCCUGCUCCACCUCUCCGGGUGCCUUGGGCCGUGGGGGCCGCAGUCAGCUCUCCCGGCAGUGCGGGCUCGUUCUGUCAGGGGCCCGUCCUUGAGGCCUCCAUCCUUCGCGGCGGUGCUGCCGUGUGGCUCUGCUGUCCCGACUGCGCCCCUCCUGCCUUCCCAGCCUGGAAGCCGGAGUGGCUGGUGGAGGGAGCCUGGGAGAGUCACCUUGGCGGGGCCAGAGUGAGGCCCUGCGGCCGUGGUGGGCUUGCUGGGGUGGCCAAGGGGGCUCUGGGCACGGGCUACUGUUUUUGUUUUUUCUGUUUCCUAAAGUUUACUUCAUUUUCCUGAAGCUUCCAGGGUUUUUUGGUUUUUUGCCAAAAUAGGAGGAGCAGGCAGCAGGUGGGGAGCUUGGGGCGGCUGCAGCCCUCACCCCACGGACUGCGGCCUGUGCCCGCGCCUAUUCCGUAUGGAACGUGGAGACCUUUACCUUGAUCACUGCGUUUGGUUCUUUCUUUUCAAGACAUGGCGCUGGCGGGUCCUGGAUGUCGGGGGUGGGGGUGGAGGCUCUUUUGUGUGUAGUCCCCUCUGGUCUUCCCCAAGAUCAACCCGUGUGCUGGAUUGGAGACGAUCCCUGUGUCCCUCGUUGCUGAUGGUCUUGGGGAGCCUCCACGUCCCCCAGGGUGUGGGGCCCCACAGAGCCACGCGUGGGGCUGCCUUGGCCCCGUCUCCUCGGUUCACAGAGGAGAGUGGGUGUGUUCACCCUUUUCCUAAAAUGCUGUUAUAAUUUGUCCCAGAAAAUGUUCUUGGGCUUUGCUUUGAGGGCGAGGGGCUGGGGAGCCCCAAGUGAGGGCCUCACCCCCGACGUAGGAGGCUGAGGAGCGGGGCCUGGAGGCUCAGUCCCAGGUGCUCGCUGGGUGGGGUGGGGUGGGGUGCUGCGUGGAAUGCGGGGUCUCAGGCCCCACCAGACCAAUGGAGUCGGAAUCUGCGGUUGUAAAUUUACCCUUUUCAUUUUGAAGUGACUUUAAACUCGCACAAAAGCUGGGGAUCGUCAGUCCUGGGUGCCUCCCGCCCAGCUCUGCUCCCGUAACUUCCUAGUCAGCCAGGCCGGUCUGCCCGCUGGCAACGGCCCGACACCACGGUAGCCACCAGUCUUCCUGGUGGUUUCUGCUCCCUGGUCCUCCCAGCCGGCAUGUCCUGGUCCCGCCCCCAAUCUGGGACAGGCCUCACUUUUGUCUUCACGAGCCGAACAGUUUGGGAACGUGCUGGGCAGUUAUUUUGCAGAACAUCUGUCAGCUUGGGUGGGUGUGGCGUUUCACGUGACGAAACUGAGGUGGCAGUUACUGGCAAGAAGGCCACAGAAGUGGCCUCAACUGCAUG